CGACGUCGCGCUCAAAGCGCCUGCGCAGACCCUGAAAACUCGGCGAGGGUGGCCCCACGCUUCCCUUUUCCGGUUGUAGCGCCUCGCGGUGAGGAUCGCCAUAGUUCGGCAGCAGCCAUGCCGUCCAAGGGCCCGCUACAGUCCGUUCAGGUCUUCGGACGGAAGAAGACAGCCACCGCCGUGGCCCACUGCAAACGGGGCAACGGGCUGAUCAAGGUGAACGGGAGGCCGCUGGAGAUGAUUGAGCCACGCACGCUGCAGUACAAGCUGCUGGAGCCUGUUCUGCUCCUUGGCAAGGAGCGCUUUGCUGGCGUGGACAUCCGGGUCCGAGUGAAGGGUGGCGGUCACGUGGCUCAGAUUUAUGCGAUCCGCCAGUCCAUCUCCAAAGCCCUGGUGGCCUAUUACCAGAAAUAUGUGGAUGAGGCAUCCAAGAAGGAGAUCAAAGACAUCCUCAUCCAGUAUGACCGCACCCUGCUGGUCGCUGACCCCCGCCGCUGCGAGUCCAAGAAGUUUGGAGGCCCCGGUGCCCGUGCUCGCUACCAGAAAUCCUACCGAUAGGCCCAUCAGCCCGAUCAGGGGUCGGCUCCAUAAUAAACAGUGGCUGUGGGAUUUUAAA